UAAACAAAACGGAACUGUGUUGUGCAAAGUGGGGUAUUUUAAUUUAAUUUAUACAUAAUAUAAUUGUUAGCUGUAAAAGUUGAAAGAUCAACAAAUCAUAUAAAAAUUCAUAUAGUUUAUUAAUAAAAUACAUCAUGCCUCCAAAAAAGCAACUAAAAGCGAAAACUGAGAAACAGACUGAAAAAGACAAGAAUUUAUUGUCAAUGAAGGAAAAAGUAAUGAAAAUAAAACGAGAUGUUCUACAGACUGUUGAGCUAAUGCUUGAAGAAAAUGUAUCAAAAAGCUGGUUUUUAGAAAAUUGUUCAAAAUUGUGCAAACAAGAUUAUACAGAUGUGAUCCAAGAAAGAAGUAUUGAACAUGUUUGUGGUUAUCCUUUAUGUGAUAAUCCUAUUGUGACAAUUAAGAAGCAAUAUCACAUAUCUACCAUUACAAACAAAGUGUAUGACAUAACAGAGAGAAAGUGUUUCUGUUGCAAUGAAUGCUUUAAGGCUUCAAAUUUCAUUAAAGCUCAGUUGGCCGAUUUGCCAUUAUAUAUGAGGAAAACUGAAACAGAAUUAAAGAAAUUUCAGUUGUUGUGUGAUUCUGAUAACAAGGGUAGUGCAGGAGAUGAAGUGGUAUUCCGUCGUUCAUUAAGCAAGGAUGAAGUUGAAAAUGCUGUACCUCCAGAAAUAUUUGAUAAUAAUAAUCAUUUAUCAAACAUUCUGCAAAACGAAGUGAAGGGUUGGGAACAGCAGCUUGCAGAAUUAAAAAUUACUGAGAAGGUGUAUGAAAAACCAUUUGUUUUUGGCUCCAUGAAACAAGAAAAAUCUGCUAAAGAUGAGAAUAAUUUAUUUUCAGAAUCUAGUGAAGAAGAUGAGGAUGAGGAUUUUGAAGAUGAUCGUACAAAAAACCUGUUUCCUGACUAUGUCAAUCUUGCUGUUCUGUCAAACAAACACAUGCCUAUCCCUGAGAAAACUAAGAAAACUGUUGUUAUCUCUCCCAUAAAACCUGUCAGCUCUCCAGAAUCUCCUUCUAUUAAAGUAUCUAUGGAAUUAGUUAAUAAUGUGUUCCAAAAUUGGUUUACAGAAGAUACCAUGAAAUAUCUUCUUGGAGAAAAGAAGGUUUAUUCUAUUAAAGCAGAUAAGUUAUUACAGACUUUGGUUUCUUCUGAGGAGGCACCAAGUUCUAGUAAAUUGUCAUUAAUUAAAAAAGAAUAUAUUGAACUUUGUCUAAAAAUUGAUAGUCUCAAAGAUGAUGAUGAUAUUAGUAAUUCAGAUGAAGAAGAUAUAUUAGAUGUUUAUUCAUCAAAAAGCAAAGAAACUGAUCCUGAAGUCUUAUGUAUUAAAAGUAUUCCUGAAAUAAAAUCUGCACCAAAACCACGACCAAAAAGAAAAUCAAAAGGAAAGAAAAAAACAGUGUCAUUUAAAGAACAGAUUGAAAAGGAAGAAAAAAAGAUACCUAAAGCUUUUGAAGAUAUGAUCAAGGAUUUUGAAAGUUCAGCAAAUAACUGUGGUGCAUCUUCAGAAAGCAAUGAUCCAUUGCCAGAGCCUGCAUUUCCAUUAAUUGAUUCUGUAUCACAGAAUGCUCUCAGAAAACAAUUAGUAAUUUCCAGGUUAAAGACAGUGUACUUUGAUAUGUUACCUAUCAUUGGAUUACAUUAUCGUGACAUAAGAGAUGGUGUCAUGAGAAUUGCAGAAACAUUUAGUCUUACUCCAUCAACUGUGUAUUAUAAAACCAAAGAAUGGAAGUGUAUCGCAUUAGUUCUCUUUAGGAUAUUAUCUAGAACUACACUCCAAGACCUUGAACAACAGGAAAAUUUCAACUUUUCAAAAUUGUGUGAAUCUGUUACAAAACAGCUAAAUAUAUCUGUCUCGGAAAUAGAAAACCUUGCAUCAGAUCUUAUCAGCCCAGAACAAGUCGAAAGAAUACAAGGAUCCUAUGAAGUUUGAAUAUAUUUCAAAACAUUAUUAUUAUCCAUUACAUCUGUAAUAAUUAUGUAAAAUAAACAGUCAGCGCAUAA